AUGGGAUUCUUCGCACAGUGUCCACAUAGGCCGGAUCGCUCGAACUGGUUCAGAUAUGCGGUCGUGCUCGCUGCGCUGGUGCUGGGCUGCCUCGUCGAUCCGGGCCAGCCGGAGGGCAUCAAGCUGCCCGAUCAAACGACCGCCACUGGAUCGGGAUCUCGGGAGACACCCAUCCAAUUUCUCCAGCAGCAGCAGCAGCCCGCGGUGGGAGAAGGUCGACGGCAGGGCAAAAACCUGCUCGACUUCAUCGGCCUCGGAACGGGUGGCAACGUGGAUCCGUAUCUUGCCCGGACCAAUGCCCAGUGCCUGAACGGAGAGCUGGCCGAGUGCUUCAAGUCGCAGGCCCUCAACACUUUCGGCGAAUUCUUCGAAAGGGACCAGUACGAACUCACGACCGACGCACGGAUCGUGCGGCUUCCCGAGACUCAGCUGCGCUCGUUGGGCCAGGAGGGCUUCGAGUACGUGGGCGAGUCGCGCCACACCGACUCCGAGUGGGAACUGAUGUACAAGUACGCUCUGCGACGGCUGGAGCGUUUCGUCAAGUCGACGGCCCUGGAGUUCCAGAUGCCGGACGACGUCACCGAGGAGGGCCGCUAUUCGGCGCGCUUCAUCGACGAAAUCUCCGACGAGAUCGAUGUGAUCGAGGACAAGAAGGCACCGCUCUUCACGCGCCACCGCCUGAAGAAGAUGUUCAUCCCGCUGCUCCUGAUCCUGAAGGUGUUCAAACUGAAGCUCCUGCUGUUCCUGCCGCUGAUCCUGGGAUUGGCGAGCUUCAAGAAGCUGCUCGGUUUCCUGGCCAUCAUCAUCCCCGGUGUCAUCGGGUAUCUGAAGCUGUUCAAGCCGCACCAGAGUUGCUGCACGAACGACAUCUUCUCCGGUGGCUACCAGCCACAGUACUCGCCGCAGGGUCUUGGGUCGAUCGGUUACAACCCGUACAAGGAGCACGCCAGUGGGCCCUCCGUACUGUACGGUCGGCCGGACGUGAGCUACGCGUCGCCGUACGGCAACUAUUAUCGGGACGCCGGACGACCCGACCUGAAGGGCAGCAACGUCAAGUUCGGUGAUGACCUCGCCUACCAAGGGUACUCGGAGUACCGGGCUAGUGCCGGGGGCAAGGACGUGAAGGCGGAAAACUGA